UGUUGGACUUCCCAACUUACCUAGCGGAAGAAAAGGGCUAGAGAGGUUUUUAAUCCCCAGAAUUUUAUCGACUCUGUAAUCUUUCCAGUGAUUCAGCCGUUGCUCAUCCGCCCGCGAUUGAUUCCGAUUCCGAUUCCAUAGACGGUCGAUAACAUCCACAUAACCCCUAACCUCUUCCCCCGAAAGGUAAAACAUCUGUGUUAUUUGGCCUUAGGGAAAUUAGGUUUUCUUUUUGUACUAAUCAAGUUUAGUGGUAUGGGAUGAAAUCAGACCGUAGAACCCUAAUUCCUAUCUUUCGAUCCGACCAAUUUGGGAAGCCUUACACGAUGUGUGAGACGUCCUAUCGGUUAUACUGCAAGGGUUUGGUGAGUGAAGAGGUGGUUAAGGACGAGACUAGGCAGAUCGGUGGUUUUGGUGUGGCCAUCUGUGACCCCGAGGAUAACCGACUAUAUGAGAUGAAGAAAGCUCUGGGAGAUGAAGAGUCCACACACCAGCAAGUUGCGGAAUUGGCGGCCGUAGUUCAUGGGUUGAAGUGGGCGUUGGAGCUCGAUUUGGCAAGGGUCACAUUCUUCUGUGAUGAUUCCAAUAUCUUACAAUACGUAACAGGUAAAGCUGAACCAAACGAGUCCAGUGUAGCAACACUUGUGAAGGAAGUGGCUCUUCUUCAGAGCAGAUUCUCGUCUUGCGAAGCACUUCCUGCAUCUGUGACUGUGAGCAGUGGGGGCAUCACUUUUGUCCUUGAGCAUGCCAGAGCUGCUAUAGCUUCCCAGAUCAGGUGGCGUGAAGGUCACGUCUACAUGGAGACUUGUCCAAUAUGCUGUGAAGACGUCUCAUGUGAUAACAAGUUUGAGGUACCUGGUUGUUUCCACCGCUUCUGCGUUGCUUGCAUUAAGAGACAAGUCGACGAGGCACUGGAUUGGCAUAAACCAGUAAAGUGCCCAAGCUUGGGUUGCAACUUGGUUGGAUCCUGUGCGGCUUAGACACAUGACUGAAUAUCUUUCGGAGAGUGCGCUGCUUGCUCAUAUGACCCGAAAAAGGGACAACAGAGUACACUGUGCGUCACCCGAAUGUACCGUUUUAAUGCCCAAGGCCAAAAUCACUGAGUACUCAAAAAAGUUCUUCGUUGAUGCUGAGCUGUCAGGAGGAGCCAGAAAGUGCAUGGACUGUGGGUUUUUGUUACUGCGACAACUGCAGAACAGAAUGGCACUAUAAGUCUAUAACAUGACAUGUGAUGUAUUCCGUGAAACAGAGACUUAUCAGACAUCUCCUGCGGCACGUUUAGAAGCUAAGGCUAAGAGAUUAGGAUGGAGGAUAUGCAGGAAUUGCAAGUCGGUGCUUGUAAUUGAUCUACGUUGCAACCGUAUUACCUGCUCAUGCGGAUACCAGUUCUGUUACGUCUGUGAAGCUGAGUGGAACAAGGAAACCGGAUGUUGGUUACCAGGAGCCCGCGCUAUGAUUUAUCCUAGUAGCUAGGGAACGGGUUUCGUUGAUUUGGUUUUUACAGAGGAAGAGAAACUUGGAACUUUUGUACUCCAAAUUUCAUUAUUUUUCUUCUUGAGAAAUUGGUUAUAUGUACUUCAUUGGUCAAACAAGAAUUGACUUCAUUCGGGGUGGAAUCAAAAUCCUA